AUGUCGUGCUUUAAGCAGUAUCAUAAUGAACCUCUACCAACACAGGAGGAACUCUGUCGUGAGUCUGGUGCCAUGUGCGGCUAUGUGGAGAAAAGUUUACCCAGAUCAAAUUGGGAAAAACGACUAGCCGUGAUUACACAAGACCACAAUCUCGUCAUUUACAAGUACUACUUACUGGACAUAUGCCCUGGAGAACCGCUCAUGGGCAAAAUAUAUGAACUUGACAAAAUCAAGAAUAUGAAUAUUCAAAGGACACCAACCGGUGGAAUUAUAGCCCGUAUUCAAACCAAGGAUGGGAAGAAGGUAGGUCCCCUUCUAUAA